GGAAUCGUCAUCAUGCCCGUGACGCGCCCUCUCUCUGUGUGCGCUGGCAGGAAAGCGGCGGAGGAGCGAGCAAAUCGCGAAUAAAAUAGAAAAUCAUUUACAAUUGCAUUGCAGAGCCGCUGUGGGGGCUGAAAAAACAACUAACACAAAAACAACAGCGACUUGCGGCUGCGGUAAUUGAAAAAUAAAACCAAAUAAUGUUGACCAAGUUUGAGACGAAAUCGGCCCGAGUCAAAGGUCUUAGUUUUCACCCAAAGAGACCCUGGAUUCUGGCCAGUCUGCACAAUGGAGUGAUUCAGCUGUGGGACUAUCGCAUGUGCACCCUGAUCGACAAGUUCGAUGAGCACGAUGGACCCGUCAGAGGGAUUGACUUCCACAAGCAGCAGCCUCUCUUUGUGUCUGGUGGAGAUGAUUAUAAAAUCAAGGUGUGGAACUACAAGCUGCGACGCUGUCUCUUCACUCUGUUAGGGCACCUGGAUUACAUUCGCACGACCUUCUUUCAUCACGAAUACCCCUGGGUUCUGAGCGCCUCUGAUGACCAGACUAUCCGCAUCUGGAACUGGCAGUCGCGGACCUGCGUCUGUGUGUUGACUGGUCAUAACCACUACGUGAUGUGCGCUCAGUUCCACCCUUCUGAAGACCUGGUGGUGUCGGCCAGCCUCGACCAGACCGUGCGGGUUUGGGAUAUCUCUGGCUUGCGUAAGAAGAAUCUGUCCCCCGGGGCAGUGGAGACUGAAGUGCGUGGAAUCUCUGGAGUGGAUCUCUUUGGGGCGACAGACGCUGUGGUGAAACACGUCCUGGAGGGUCACGACCGCGGGGUGAACUGGGCGGCCUUCCACCCCACGAUGCCCCUGAUUGUGUCGGGCGCUGACGACCGUCAAGUCAAGAUCUGGAGAAUGACAUCUAAGGCCACCCCCCCCUCGAAACUUGAGUCCAAGGCCUGGGAGCUGGACACAUGCCGUGGACAUUACAACAAUGUGUCCUGCGCCGUCUUCCACCCGAGACAGGAGCUGAUCCUGUCCAACUCCGAGGACAAGAGCAUCCGAGUGUGGGACAUGUCCAAAAGGACGGGGGUCCAGACCUUCCGACGGGACCACGAUCGUUUCUGGGUGCUGGGGGCGCACCCCAAUCUCAACCUGUUUGCUGCAGGGCACGACAGCGGCAUGCUGGUCUUCAAGCUGGAGAGAGAGAGGCCGGCCUACUCUGUGCACGGGAACCUUCUGUUCUACGUGAAGGACCGCUUCCUCCGACAGCUGGACUUCAACAGCUCCAAGGACACGGCCGUCAUGCAGCUGCGCAGUGGAUCCAAGUUCCCUGUGUUCAGCAUGUCUUACAACCCUGCUGAGAAUGCGGUUCUCCUGUGCACGAGAGCCACCAAUCUGGAGAACAGCACGUACGAUCUCUACUCGAUUCCCAAGGAAACAGACUCUCAGAAUCCGGAUGCUCCUGAAGGAAAGCGUUCCUCUGGUCUCACUGCAGUCUGGGUGGCCCGCAAUCGUUUCGCCGUCCUGGAUCGCAUGCACUCGCUGCUGAUCAAGAAUCUGAAGAACGAGAUCGCCAAGAAGGUCCAAGUGCCGAACUGCGAGGAGAUCUUCUACGCCGGGACCGGGAGCCUGCUCCUGCGAGACCCCGAUUCCAUCACCCUCUUCGACGUGCAGCAGAAACGCGCCCUGGCGUCCGUGAAGCUCGCCAAGGUGAAGUACACGGUGUGGUCGGCCGACAUGAGCCACGUGGCUCUGCUCGCCAAACACGCCAUCAUGAUCUGCAACAGGAAGCUGGAUUCGCUGUGCAGCAUUCACGAGAACAUCCGGGUGAAGAGCGGAGCCUGGGAUGAGACCGGGGUGUUCAUCUACACCACGAGCAACCACAUCAAAUACGCACUGACCUCCGGAGACCACGGUAUUAUCCGCACCCUGGACCUCCCGAUCUACGUGACCCGGGUGCGAGGGAACAGCGUCUACUGUCUGGAUCGUGAGUGCCGUCCCCGGGUUCUGACCAUCGACCCCACCGAGUACCGUUUCAAACUGGCUCUAGUGAACCGCAAGUACGAGGAGGUCCUGCACAUGGUGCGCAAUGCCAAGCUGGUGGGCCAGUCCAUCAUCGCCUACCUGCAGAAGAAAGGCUACCCAGAGGUGGCACUGCACUUUGUGAAGGACGAGAAGACUCGCUUCAGCCUGGCCCUGGAGUGUGGGAACAUCGAGGUUGCCCUGGAUGCAGCCAAGGCUCUGGAUGACAAGUGCUGCUGGGAGAAGCUGGGCUCGGUCGCUCUCCUGCAAGGCCACCACCAGAUCGUGGAGAUGUGUUACCAGCGCACCAAGAACUUCGACAAGCUCUCCUUCCUCUACCUGCUCACUGGAAACCUGGACAAGCUGCGCAAGAUGAUGAAGAUCGCUGAGAUUCGUAAGGACAUGAGCGGGCACUACCAGGGGGCACUGUACCUGGGGGACGUGGGCGAGAGAGUGCGCAUUCUCAAGAACUGCGGGCAGAAGUCCCUGGCGUUCCUCACUGCUGCCACGCACGGGCUGGACGAGGAAGCAGAGGCCCUCAGAGCCUCCUUUGACUCCGAAAAGGAAACCCUUCCAGAGAUCGACCCCGACGCCAAGCUACUGCAGCCGCCACCUCCCAUCAUGCCCCUGGACACCAACUGGCCCCUGCUGACCGUGUCCAAAGGAUUCUUCGAGGGAGCCAUCGCCAGCAAGGGGAAAGCCGGUCAGAUGGCAGUGGAUAUCGAUGUGGAAGUCGCAGGAGGGGAAGGCUGGGGAGAGGAUGCUGAACUGCAGCUCGAUGAAGAUGGUUUCCUGGAUGCUCAGGAUGGAUUUGUCGAAGAGGGUGGAGCUGGGAAGGAGGAGGGAGGCGGCUGGGAGGUGGAGGAGGAUCUGGACCUCCCUCCUGAUCUGGAACUGGCUGGUGGCUCAGGGGGCGGAGUUGAGGAUGGCUUCUUUGUCCCGCCCACCAAAGGCGUGAGCCCCAGUCAGGUGUGGUGCAACAACUCCCAGCUUCCUGUGGAUCACAUCCUGGCUGGAUCCUUUGAAACUGCCAUGAGGCUCCUUCACGACCAGGUGGGCGUUGUGGAUUUCAGACCCUACAAGCAGCUGUUCAUGCAGACGUUCGCGCGUGGCCAUCCCAGCUACCAGGGGCUGCCCGCCCUGCCCUCGCUGCGAGGGAACCCACAACGCAACUGGAAGGAGGCGUCUCCCAAAUCCGCCCUGCCCGCGGUGGGGCUCAAGCUCUCCGAUCUGAUUGGCCGGCUGCAGCUGUGCUACCAGCUCACCACGGGGGGGAAGUUCGAGGAGGCGGUGGACAAGUUCCGAGCCAUCCUGCUGAGCGUGCCUCUGCUGGUGGUGGAGAACAAGCAGGAGAUCACAGAGGCUCAGCAGUUGAUCGCAAUCUGUCGCGAAUACAUCGUGGGCUUGACGAUGGAGGUCGAGAGAAAGAAGCUCCCGAAAGAAACGCUGGAUCAGCAGAAACGUCUGUGUGAGAUGGCCGCGUACUUCACCCAUUGUAACCUGCAGCCCAUCCACAUGAUCCUGGUCCUGAGAACAGCCCUGAACCUCUUCUUCAAACUCAAGAACUUCAAGACGGCCGCCGGGUUCGCCAGGAGGCUGCUGGAGUUGGGCGCCAAACCUGAAGUCGCGCAACAGACUCGUAAGAUUCUGGCCGCCUGUGAGAAGUCCCUGGUCGACGCUCACCAGCUCAACUACGACAGUCACAACCCCUUUGAUAUCUGUGCAGCCUCCUACACCCCGCUGUACCGGGGCAAGGCCGUGGAGAGGUGCCCUCUGUCUGGAGCCUGCUAUGCCCCGGAGUUCAAGGGAGAGGUGUGCAGGGUCACCCAGGCCACGGAGAUCGGGAGAGACGCGAUUGGACUGAGGAUCAGCCCUCUGCAGUUCCGUUAAGAUUCCACGCUGGCACGGAGCCCCCUGAUUGGCCAGUUUUACAAACCUUUGUGUUUUUUGUCUGCUUGAUCUGUACCAAGAAUAGCUGUCAUGUGACCUGUACCUGCUUGUGCUAUUGGAUUAUAUUUUAACCAAACAUAACGUGUGCUUUGUCAUCACCCUAACACUGAAAUAUUGUAUGCUGAACACUUACUCCUAAUAAAAAAAAAUCAUUUAGAAAUUGA